CAUUAGCACGUGAAUGGAUGAUGAGCUGUCAGGUAACCAGUGCGCAGGACGCACGUCGAUUUCCUUUAAUGUUCUCAGCUACUUGUUAAACAUGAAAAGGGGGGAGUGUGCGGGUAUAUAAGGCGCGGCCGCUCCGUGCGCUGCUGCGCACCGGAUUUUGACGCAGAGCUGGAAGAUGCGCACACUGGCUGCGGCGCUGCACGCUUUUCUGCUCGUCCUGCUGGCGCACGGCCAGCAAAAAACAAGAGAUGGACUUUACACCAGACUCGUGCACGGACCCACGCAGGCCUACCACCUGCCCACGUACAUGGUGCACCUCUACAGGAACUUCAGGUCCAACUUCUCCCGGCCGAUGGACGCCAUGGAGCAAACCGCCGCCAGGAACGCAGACACCAUCAGGAGCGUCCUGGCCAAAAGUUUGAUGUAUAGGCAGAGACGAUGGAUCGCAACCUUUGACCUCAACACUUUGCUGGCCGACAAACACAUUCAGGCAGCGGAGCUGAGAAUCAGGCUUCCACACAUGCUGAACAUCUCUGACAUCACCGUGGAGGUCUAUCACCAACGUGGACAAGCAUGCUAUGCACACACGAGCUGCCAGCGACAGCACCUGGUUGGACUCCUCAGUGCAUCCUCGCUGGUCACUUCCAGUCAGAACUGGAAGGUUUUCAACAUGACAAGCCCCCUGUUGAGCUGGCUGGGAGAAAAAUCAACAGCGAGAAUUCGGCAAAAAGUAGAAUCAAGAGGACGGAGCGUGGAAAAAAUCAAAACAGGCCUGUCCUUUCCUGAUCAUCCUGUCCACAUGUCGAGCCUGAGGAAGGAGCAGGACGUGAGUGACUGGGCCCUGUUGGUUAUCUACUCAAAUACGGGGUCUGAUAAAAACUCAAAGGCCAAAGCCAGUUUGCUUCACACAGCUGAACAAUCCAAGUUCUUGUCCCCUGCUGAAAUCAAAAACCACCGCUGGCCAAGAAGGCGCAGGAGCAAACGGGGCCAGAGAGAGGACACAGGGAGAAGUCCGCAGCUGUCCAAAAGAACAAGUGAAAGUCCUCUCUGUCAAAGAGUUGACCUACAUGUUGACUUUAAUCAAAUUGGCUGGGGGUCUUGGAUUAUCUUUCCUAAAACAUAUAAUGCCUACCGCUGUGAGGGUUCAUGUUCCAGUCCUCUGGGAGAAGAUCUAAAUCCAACAAAUCACGCUUACAUGCAGAGUUUAUUGAAGCAUUACCACCCUGACCGAGUGGUGCCGCCCUGCUGUGGCCCAACCAAAAUGAGCCCGUUGAGCAUGUUGUACUACGAAAAUGGAGAGAUGCUCCUCCGACAUCAUGAAGACAUGAUUGUGGAUGAGUGCGGCUGCCUGUGACUGUUAUCCUCCAGGAUUUACUCAGACUUGUGCUUGUACAGCGUGAUCGUGCUGCAUGUGCUUUACAUGCCAAAUUGGCAGAAAACACUUAAAAUAGAAAAAAAAAGCUCUUUGAUAUUUGUCACGGUGCACUGGGAGGUUUGCAUGUGCAGAAAUAAUCUAUUAAUUUGUGAUGUAAAUUUUGUGGAUUGUAUUAUGGAGAUUGUUAAUUGCUGUGUGAUCAAUUACAGAAUGAACCCAAACAUGCAGGCAGUA